GGCAACCAGCCACACAUAAACACGCUGCGUUUGGUGUCGUGGUUCGUGGUCAGUUGCGAGCGUCCGGCGCAGGUCUUUGAGCAUGUUUACGGUGCUCGAGCGUUCUUUCGACUCGAAGCAGUCACCGAAGAGCAAGUUAAACUUCCUGGAAGCCUCGCAUGCGAACUCUGACUACUUCGGGCAGGCCGACUUCACGCCAAAGGUCGUCGCAACCAAAGUUAAAUCGCUACUACAGUCGCAAAAGACCAGCUAUGAUGCAUUGCUACUCCUGGACUGCUACCUCAACACUUUUUCAACUGGCAUUGUACAGACAGAUGCCCUUUUUUGGACACGGUCCAUCAUCCACCUGCUCGCUGGCAAGCGGCCUCGGGGUGCCCAGCGAACAGGCUGGCGUUUGCUGUGUCGCCUGCUCCCUCUUUUGUCUGAACAGCUGAACCGAGAUGCAGCGGGACUGAUGCCUGUGCUUCUGGAACGGCUUCUGGCACACCUCUCGUCACCCACAGAAAGGGAGCCUGACGAAGGCGCAUUGAGGUGCCUGCUGGUCUGCAUGAAGGAGUAUGGCCGACUGAUGGGUUCUGUUCAGGAUGCCUUGGAGAAAACAUUGCUCAGGCUGCUCGUCACCUGGAAUUCACAGCAAGUUCAGGAACUGGUGUGUGAGUGCGUGGCACUACUUCCUUGCUGCCGGCGAGCCGGCAGUGGUGGCACCAAAGGCAUGGCUUCUUCCGAAGCCUGGUCUCACCAGCUGGGGCGCCUCAUGGCCACCGUGCACACAGCACUCGACAGCCUCUUCCAGGACUUGCACAUUGACAAGGGGCGGCCCAGAGCAGACAAGGCCGUUCCCUUGGAGGUUCCCAGCUCACCCGAAGAGAGCCACCAGGCUAGCCUUCUGUGCUGGCGCCGCAUUAUGAGCCUCAUGCGAACCAUCAGCCUUAUGCUCGUGGGGUCUAGCGUGCACCAACCUGUGCUGGUUCCCUUUGAGGAUGUCCUCGAGCUUGUGUACAGAGUCCUAGGUGCUCACCUUCCAGUCAAGAGCUCUGGUGCCACGGCACAGGCCAACCUUGUUGCAGCCAUCUUGCCCUCUAUUCAACAUGAAGCUGUGCAGCUCCUCAGUCAGCUGAUAUGCAGCUGCAGACAGUUGCUGAUACCUGAUGCAGUAAACAUUGUGGGUCUGAUCGAGGAAGUGUGUCUUCGUACCACACAGGACCAUUCCAAUGACACCGGGCGGCUGCGGCAGGCGUGCUACGCUGCACUCUCCCUGUGGAUGCAAACCAUCCGCUCUCGGCUGGGGCUCAGCUCACUUGUCGAGAAAUUGGUCCCACAUUUGCUGGAGGACAUCGAGCCUGUCGGAGCCGCCACUGUUCAGCUGGCAUCUUCCAGGAAUGGCAGCACAACACCUCAUAAAGACAGAAAUAAAGUUGAUGACAGCUUUAAUCUGGAGUCCUGUGCACAGUUGUGCGACAAUGCCUUGAAAGCGCUUCAAAGCCUGGUCAAUGCGCAUGGUGCCAUUAUGAAGCCUGAGACAGUGCAGGAGAUACAGUGCAGCGUGGUGACCCUGCUGCUGCGUCUUCAGCAGCCGGGCACCCCUCUUCCACAGCCUUACCGCAGUCCCCGGUGCCGCCGCGCCCUCUAUGCUUUGCUGCUGUCACUGGCAGCCAGUCGAAAUGGCCCACCACCUCUCCACUGCUGUGCAAGGCUCUUCAACAUGGGCCUCAAGGACACGUGCUGCGAGGUGGUUGAGCUGUGCAGCCAGGCUCUGUCGUGCCUGUCCCUGCACCCUCAAGGAUCUGGGCCCACAGGCACAUGGCCGCCGUUGCGUUGCCACCGAGCUGCCUGGGUUCUUGCUGAUGGUGCAUGCCAGACCACACCUCCGACAUUGGCCAGUGUCGGCUGCCAGGCUCAGUUGCAGCUGCCUCCAUCGUCACCCCGCUCCUCAGCAGUGACUGCUCCACAGCCAAUCAAACGCAAGGCUGCCACAGCUAUGCACUUCCGGACGAAGCGCAUCACUACCCUUGGGCCAGUGUACAGAGCCAGUAACCAAGAGACUGAGGUGCUGUCUGAUGAGGAUGGACAUGAAUACAUGGAUUAUGAAGAAGAGUACGAGGACGCGGAGCUGGAGAAGCUGCAGGCUGCAGAGCCUGUGCAGAUGCGCCGUCCCCCAGUGAAUGGUCAAGGCUUCCACGAGCGCCACCUUGGGUCUACUGUGGGGCCAGGCACCGGGGGCCGCCCUGCCGGUGGCAGCACUGGAUCUGCAAGGCUUGUCCCUGUGGCCGAGGACUCGUCUGAGGAUGAGGAGGGCUCUGAGGAAGACUAUGACGAGGACGAGGAAGAAGGUGACUAUGGCGAGUCUGCUGAGGAACCCUGUAUCGAAGCCAUCGAGCUUGAAAGUGAUGACAUCGAUGGGUCAGGCCUGCCUCCUCCGGAAAAUGACGGGGCACCAGAGGAAGCAGCAGUUACGGUGCUCGAAGCCUCACACGAGGAAGAGGAAGACCAGGAGGAAGCGGUUGUCGAAUCAGAUGCUACAUUUGCCACUGCAACUGGAGUCACAGAGGCUGCUGUGACUCUUACCGUGACACCCGCCAACAGCCAGCCAAGCAUUGUCGUUGAGGAUGGGCCUGCCGAAGAGGAGCAGUUGCCGCCACAGCCACUGCCCUGCGAGACGGAAGAGGCUCGUGCUGAGGUUGUGCAGGAGCCGUGUGCUGUGGCGGCCGACCCAGGAACAUCUACUGUCAAAGGGGAAGAACCGGUCGUAGUUGAGAACCACGCUGAGGGAGAAAAGUGUGAGGACUCCAAGCAGGAGGUGUGCGAGGAAACAAAGCCCCCUCCUCCUAGUGAGCCCUGUACAGAGACCACAGUGACCAAGCCUACACCGGAAGAGUCAAACAAGGGUGCAGAAACAGCAGCAGAAGAAGGGCCCGGGGUUGCUGAAAUGCUACGGGACUUUGUGGACUGUGAACCCGACGAGUGAAGGCUUGAGAAUGCUGCCUGAUCUCGAACGGGAGGGCUCCAUUUUUCUUCCUCAUGAUCACCGCCAAUCUUUCCCAUCAGUUUUCUCAGCUGACCUCGUCACAUGUUUAUAUUCACAUAUGCAUACACAAGCAGGCAUGUGUGCUUUGAUUUGGCCUGUGUUCUGCCUCUCCAUAUGGAUGCAUAAGCAUUGGUAUGCACAGCUAAGGUUUCCCCAUAUCUGGCAACAUUGUAGGCGAUUUCUUUGUCCCUCUGUAUCUGUAAUGUGUGAACAAGCAUGUUUGAGCCAGUUACGAUUAGAAUGAGUCGUUUGUGCGCAGGUGCUUCAAAGUUGCGAUUUUAUUGCGACUAUCCAGCGUGAAAGCAUUGUGGCAGUUUCAUCGGGUGUAAGGGAAUAACUUUCUUUUUCUAUGAGUAAUAAAGUCAACGUUUCAUUCAAAAA